AUGGAUCCCGUUGGUAUUGCCGGCCUCGGCGGGCUUUUCGCCUCCGUCAUGGAUGCCAUCGACCGGGCUAAAGAUUAUCGAUCAUUUGCGGCCGAUUCAAGGACACUUGAUGCCCAAUUCGACGGUUUCGGAGCGCAGCUGGCACACUGGGGCAAAGAAAUCGGGAUCGAUCAUGGCCAGUUCCCAGCCGACCACAAAGCAAGAUUGGAUCCGCAAACACUCUCUGCUGCAGAACAGCUAUUGCAGGUAGCCAAAGAAGUUUUGGCUCUCAGUGAAUCGUCUCGUGCCAGGGCAAAGGUUCUCACGGGCCAGCCCCCCCCUAAACCUGCCAGCUCCCGCCUCCAUAAACUCGGAUGGGCACUGGGAGGCAAAGCAGAUCGGUCUAAAAACGUGCGGUUAUUUGGCGAGAUUGUGCACCAACUAUGUGAAUUGGUCCCGGGUCAGCCAACCGGUGGCAAGCAGAAUGGUCAUGCGCAACAGAUAGGCUUUACACCUUCAGAAGCGUAUCCAACUCUGCAAGACUUUCUAUCCGAGAUUCGGCAAACCAACUCUCAGAUUAUUGCGGAGCGGAAAACUUAUAUGCAGCAUGAGUUAGCGACAUGGUUACUGGGGCAUACAGUUCCAAACGAGACCUACCAUGAAUCCAUAGAAAAGAGGCUUCCAGGGACUUGCAACUGGAUAUUCGACCAACAAGAAUUUCUUGAUUGGGCAAAGAAAGACGUAUCUGGGCCAACACGACCGCUCCUUUGGAUUCAUGGUCAGGCCGGGUUUGGAAAAACGGUCCUUUGCGCCCAGAUUGUGCAAAAGCUGAUGGAAAAGGGGGAUAGACCAAUGGCAUAUUUCUUCUUCUCUUCCAACUUUGACAGCAGAGACGAUCCGUAUGCUGCUUUAAGGUCUUGUGUCUUGCAGCUUACUUCGAACUAUCCUGUCGCCUUCGAACUAGCCUGCGACAAAUGGAGUGAGAGGACGGACCAGGCGAUGGCCUCGCGGCUUGUUAUUAUCCAACUUCUUGGUCAGAUCAUCGAGGAAAUACCCUGGUGCACACUAGUCAUUGACGGACUUGACGAAUGCACGGCAGUGCGAAAAGAACAAGGCAAUGUUGAGCGAUUUCUUUUCGACAUACGUGAUAUCAUGGCUGAUACUACUCGUAUCUUGAUCGUUAGUCGCGAUGAACCCGAGAUCCGACAAGCCUUGGAAUGUGACGGACACGACAUCCUGAGCCAAUUCAAAAUAUGGCCCGAUCAUGUCAAAGAUGACACCAAUACACUGUCUUGUCACAUAGUGAACAAAAGGUUGCCGAACAAAACUGAAGAAAUCAGAAAAGACCUAUCAGAACGGCUCAACUCCCGGUGCGAUGGCCAGUUCAUUUGGUUGAUGAUGCAACAAGGUUCUCUCAGAAAGGGCAGUAACUUCAUGGCUUUGAAAAGAGCUAUCGACGAGACUCCUACUGGGCUUGACCAGCUCUAUAAGCGGAAUUGGGACUCGAUACUAGCAUAUGGAGAAAGAGAUCGAGAGCAAGCCUUUGCCCUUCUUCGUUGGGCUGCUUUCUCAUCAAGACCGCUGACCAUUGGCGAAAUAGCGGAGGCGAUUGUCUUAGAUGAGACCCUCGAAGACUUUCCUAUAAAUGAGCUUCCUGAUUCCAUCGACGACGAUUAUAUCAAUACUGAGAUUGUUGGGCUGUGCGGGCCACUGGUAGAGGUCAGAAGCAAGUCUGCAGAUCAACAACCGCAAUUUCGCACAAUACAUAUUGCACAUUUCAGCAUCAGAGAAUAUCUGAUUUGCAAACUUCCAAUCGGGAAUCUGCGAUCAAAUGAGUCCCUUCGAGUGUCAAGUGAACGAGCACAUGAAUCAUUUCUUGCUCGCCUUUGCCUUAAAUAUAUUACGUGCCGUAGCACUUGGAACGCUACCGGAUCGUCAAAUUUCAUCCAGUCUCUCCGAGGCUAUGCUGGUAUCUCAUGGUCCAGUUGUAUCGAAUAUUCUAAAGAGGACGAAAAGGACUCGAAACUGUUAGACCUGGCUUCGAAUUUUAUGACAGAAACUCACCCUUGCUGGAGCCCAUGGACACAAUGGUUUGACGAAAAAUACGAUGAUGAAGAAGCCAUUAAAGAAAAGAAACAAGUUUCAGGACCUUCAGAGCCUCUGUACUAUGCGCUGAGAUUGCGUCUCCAUGAAUUUGCUUCCAAAUUAGUGCUUUCACGCUCAUCCUGUGGGGGAUAUGAGAACAAGGGAAGGUCGGCCCUCCAUCUUGCAUGCCUCACGGGAAACAGAAAGGUGGCGACAGCCCUGAUCGGAGGAGCUGCAUCACUAGUGAACUCGCGUGGGCUGGGGGGAAGAACCGUAUUGUUGAACGCUGUUCUUUCUUACGACGGGGAAAUGGUACAAAUGCUAUUGGAAAUGGGGGCUGAUGUGUCUAUUCCUGAUGACGAAGGCUGGGUACCACUUGCAAUAGCAGCCUUAGUAGGCUAUGAUGAGAUACUAUCUCUCUUGCUCGAUAGAGGCGCUGAUUUAGCUAAUUCAACCGUCAAUUUAGGCAAGGAAAGGAGACUGCUUUCACUAGCAGCUCAAGGCGGCUAUCUCGAGAUAGUCGGUAUCCUGCUCCAUAGAGGGGCUGAUAUAUCGGCUGUUGAUGAAGAUGGCUGGACACCCCUUGGAUGGGCAGCCUCCUAUGGCAAUUUUGAGAUAGUCCGCCUCCUGUUAGAGAAAGGGGCUGAUGUCUCAGUUGCUUGUGAACGCGGAAUGACACCAAUUCACAUUGCUGCUCUAAAGGGCCAUAUAGAAGUGGUUUAUUUACUUCUUGAAGGAGGGGCUGAUCAUUCUAUCACUGAUAAUGAAGGAUGUACGCCACUGUAUAGAGCAGCCCAAUUUGGCCAUCUGGAAAUAGUUUGUUUAUUUCUUGACAGAGGGGCGGAUCAUUCUGCAAAAAGCUAUAGAGGGGCGUCACCACUCUCGCAUGCAGCUUCCAACAAUCACGUCGAAGUAGUUCGCUUACUUCUUGAUAGAGGCGUGGAUCAUGAUAUCACUGAUAAUGGUGGAUUGACACCACUUGUUCACGCAGCUACGGCUGAUCGUCUCGACAUUGUUAUGCUCCUCCUUGAGAGGCUAAGCCGUGAUCCGGUCGAAAGAAAUGACAGGAAACAAAUAUCGAUGGAUGAAUCAUCGGCACGCAGCAAUACACCAGGCUUGCGGCAGGUAGCGCUGGAGAACUUUAUCAACAGAGCAGAUUGCGUUGGCAGAGGGGCACUCUUCUAUGCUUGCGACAAUGGAAACACCGAAAUCGUUAGACUUCUCAUAACCAAUGCCCAUCUUGAGCCCAUGAUGCCUGACUACUUUGCCUUGACGCCACUCUACGCCGCAGUCAUACGCGGGCAUUACGGCGUCGUGGAGUUGCUGUUGGAAUUCAUGGGACGGGCUUUACGCUCCGUCAGCUCUGAUGUUUCCCGGCUGCUAAGAGACCAUUGCCGGAAAUACAAUAUCCCCUUAGAGUUGGAGGAUCUGCCCCCAAACUCCCCCUGGGCUUCAUGGGAGAAGAAUGUGUCAGAUUGUGACGCAUGUAUGAGACCAACGCCUCUGGCUGUGGCACGUUAUUCUUGUCGAGAAUGUGUUGUUGGCUCAAGAAUCUUUAUUUGCCAAGAAUGCAUAGAAUCCGGCGUUUGGUGUCUGGAUCCUUCUCACAGGAUCGAGCUCUUCCCAUGA